AUUGGUUGCUUCUUUCGCACUGUUUUCUUGGCGCACUGUGUGCAGGAGGAAGCCACGUUGACACAAAAGGAGUGAUUUUUAUUUUAGUAAACUUCACACCGGGAGCUGUAGAAAUAUAAGAGUAGAGUUUGCUGUUACAGUCUGACAGGAGUAAAGGUCUGCCAGAGUAAACAGGAUGAGUGUAGGCUUCAUUGGAGCGGGUCAGCUGGCCCAAGCCUUGGUGAAGGGCUUCACCGCAGCGGGUGUAAUUGCAGUUCACCGGAUCACGGCCAGUUCUCCAGAUACAGAUCUGCCGACAGUGGCCGGGCUUAGGAAAAUGGGUGUGAAUUUCACAACCAGCAACAAGGAAACGGUGCAUAAGAGCGAUGUCCUAUUUUUGGCCGUCAAACCUCAUAUUAUUCCUUUCGUCCUGGAUGAAAUCGGACCUGAUAUCGAAGACCGGCAUCUCAUCGUGUCUUGUGCUGCUGGGGUCACCAUUGGCUCCAUUGAGAAGAAACUGCUGCAGUACCGCACUGACCCUAAGGUGAUCCGCUGCAUGACUAACACCCCAGUGGUGGUGCGCGAGGGGGCUACGGUAUAUGCCACCGGUACACAUGCUGAAGUGGAGGACGGGAGGCUCCUAGAGCAGCUGAUGGCCAGUGUGGGAUUCUGUACAGAGGUGGAGGAGGAUCUGAUUGACGCUGUUACAGGACUCAGUGGCAGUGGACCAGCUUACGCUUUCACGGCUCUCGAUGCUCUGGCUGAUGGUGGUGUGAAGAUGGGUCUACCCAGGAGGCUGGCUGUGAGACUGGGAGCACAGGCGCUGCUUGGUGCUGCAAAAAUGCUUCUGGAUUCAGAGCAGCAUCCAGGCCAGUUGAAGGACAAUGUGUGCUCACCAGGGGGCGCCACCAUCCACGCCCUGCACUUCCUGGAGAGCGGUGGCUUCCGGAGUCUUCUCAUCAAUGCUGUGGAGGCUUCGUGUAUCAGGACCAAAGAACUGCAGUCUCUCGCUGAUCAAGAGAAAAUCUCUCCUGCUGCUAUUAAGAAGACUACGCUGGACAAGGUGUUGCAGCAGCCUGGUGUCUCUCCUAACACAGUGGGAACCAAGAGCAGAGUCAACAUGUUUAACAACAGGAGCGGAAUUAAGAAAGUCUAAGGAAUGUUACACACGGGCGCGCACACACACACACACACACACACACACACACACACACAUUUUUACUUCAUUCGCUCCUGCAGACAGAUGUUACUCCAGCUAUUUUUGAUCAAUUUUGAGCAGAGUAGUUCGGCAUACCUGGACACACACACACACUCUCAUACAGACUGAAAUGAACAGAAGUGCAUUUCCAGCAUGCUGUCUAUCGCCUCAUGCCUCCCUGCAGCAGCAGACAGUUCGAUCGCUCUCUUGGGAGUAGCAUCAGGAGUUACAGGCAGCAGAUGCUACAUGACGUUAUACUUUUUUUUUUUCCUUUACUAUCUCCCUGUCCCUGUCUACGCAAAUCAACAGUGAUAUCAAAAUUUUUUGUCAGCUAUGUAUUUGUAAUUUUUCAAUAUUUGCACCCCAAAACUAAAUCACUGUAAGUAACGUCAUUCUUUUCUUAGUGCUCUACUUUAGCGCAUAAUAAUUUUAUAUAUAUAUAUAUAUAUAUAUAUAAAAAUUUAUUUGUGCUGCAUGGUGAAUCACUGUAGUGACUCACCACGCCUACCCUUCAGGAUUCGAGAGUCGUAAAGACCUUUUGAAUUUCUUCAUCUGUAGAAGGAAGUGAAGGUGCAAAAGUCAUAUGUGGUCUUUCUUUGUGCAAUGUCUUGUCUGCUCUCUUGUCUUUUGUUAAAGCCCUUUAUAAAGCAUUGAAUCAAAGUACAAAAAUAAGAAGCGGAUUCACUUCUUACUUUGGAAACAUACUUGCUUUAUGUGCGAAUUUACCUUUGAAAUGAAAAGAAGAAAUCUAGUCAUGUUUUAUAUCAUAAGGAGUUCCAGUAUGUUGUAAUGAAUGAAACCGCUCCAGCUUCCUGAGUGCUUGAAUUAAAAGCUGCUGAUUCUAAUAAAGAAA